GACCGAAGAAUCUUGUAACAAGGACAUCCGCGGCUAUAUCCGAGACAGUGGAAUAUGCUUCUGCGGCGAUAGUCAGAAUCAGGCGAUGAUUAAUGCCACGGAGAGGUGAUGCGGCGAAACUUUGGUUGGACGGCCAUCCCGGCCACAUGGACGAUCCUUCUAAUUUUGAGUAGCGGCUUAGCUAGCGAGCGAGCUUCCAGUAAUCCGUGCAUCAACAAUGAACACACUUCCUACGAAGUUCGUCAAGGACCAGCGCUGCUCGCUUCCAAUAGGAAAGUUAUCGAUGGUUCUACAUUGCGAUACGCGAAGCAGAAUUUCAUGCCGAGCCAAUCGCCGACAAAAGCACUUUCUCUGGAAUUUAAAAACACGGCAAAUCGCGAUUUACGGCUCACCGGCGACGGAAAACGUACCGCGAUGUCAAAUGCAAUGGCCUCGUCGAAGCAUUUGAGAGACAGUAACGAUAAAAACACUCGGCUGGCUGCUAAGAGAGCGACAACUGCAAAUACGCGGCGGUUGUCAAGAGUCAUUGUUGUGGAAAAGUCAAGGGAUGCGGGAAAUUAUCGCAAGUUCAUAUCGAGUCUGCGCGCGAUAUCGCCACCGAUAUCCCGGGAAUUGAAAGGUGUCUCGGGAAUGAAGGAACGUAAAAAAAGAGCGAUCUAUGCGUUCUCGAGCGAUCGUAAAACGGCGAUAAGGCGCGAUUCUCCGACAUUCGGCGGGAAAGGCCAGGCGCGUGAGAGAAAGCGAGCUUUCAGUCGGAUAAACCGGGCAACCACAUUCCUCCCCGAUGAAUUUGUAAAGCGUCCGCAAAGAGAGAAGGACAGUAUUAUAAAGAGGUCGAAAAAUCCCGGUGUCACGAAGUUGAAAACUAUAAGAGACAUCGAGUCCGCGCGCAUCGGCGAAAAACGUGGACGUGAUAGAAAUGAAGGGGAGUUCCGCCGGAGAACCGAGCUGGCGGAAAACGGCACAAUGAAUAAAUUGAUUUGCACCGACGACGGAUCCGAAACCUCGGAAACAACUUUCCCGAACUGCUCGAGUUCGGAAGAAAAUCAGAGUCGAAAUGUCGAAGCCGUUGCGAAUAUUGCUGCAGGCAGCACAAUCACGUCGGACUCGCCGUGCGAGCGCUCCGCGCCUGCCGCCCGGACUACGUUAAUCUUUAACUCCAAAAUCUUAAAUGCAAACGGGAAAGUCGUUGAGAAGGAAAACGCGAUAAGUCCCUAUAAGUCCGCGGGAGACGAACAUUCUAAAUCCUAUCAAACGGAUGAGUUUCCAACUGCCGAAAUAUACGAACGUGACAAAUAUUCAAAGGUGGGAUUUGCGAACGUGAAUGCAAACAUGAAUAGAAAAGGAGACGAGGACUUUGUCAAUUCGUUUACUUCUCACGCGCCAAAUCCGCUCGAUAAUCAUCUCGCUGGGAAGAAGCUGAGUCACGCGGAGCGUCCUCUUCUGUGGGAGAGAAAGCGCGCAUUGAGAACGACGCGCGAUACAUCCGGCUUGCGACGUGAAUACCGCUCUUUAAUGAACAGCAUCGCCCUGGGAAUGAAGAGAAAAGUGGCGAAAUUUGAUAAGUCGCAAGCGCCGGAAAAGGGAGAAAUGAUGGCCGUAAAUUACGGCACGCGCGAUCUGUUGCCGACUAAUUUGUCUGUUAAGGGAAUUGAUGAGUCGAUGUUAUACUAUCCGACGUCAGCGCGUAUUUCAGUCACGCAGGAGAGGAAUCCGAUGAACGUGCGCCACGUCCGGUCCGGCGUGGACUGCGAGCGUCCACAAACAAACGACCUCGAAGCCGGAGUACGUGGAAGGUUUCGAAUCGGUCUGCGGAAUGUUUCAGACCCUUUGUGGAUUGCAAAAUUUAGGAGCUCCCUCGACCAGAAAGCUCGCAGUCGCUCGAAAUAUUCGCGGAAACAUCGUGCAGUCGAUAUUAUCUUGUGGCCGCGCGUCUUCGAGACAAUCGACGGAGAAUCGGAGGUCGUCGGGAGACCUCGAGAAAUUUCAACCGGAAGCAAAUUUGCUGCUCUCGGUGUAGCAAACGUCAGCGAUAAUUCCGGCGAGAUGCGGGAGAUUAAUGGUCGCGCGCAAUCAUUGAGUGAACCCGCGGAUGAGCCCGGAUUAAAAAGCGUCGGAGUUGCGGUGCAUCGAGGCGGAAGUAAUCAAGAUGCGCGGAAGGGAUGCGGAUUUUAUUCACAGCGAAGCGGUAUACAUAACUCCGAGUAUCGACGAUACAAACGUCACCAAGUUUCCAAUACUCCGGAGAUUUCGAGCGAGCUCGGCGGCGAGACACGGAUGACAUCCGACGCGACAAGGGCAACAACGUCAAACUCGUUCAUCGAAUUUACCGCAAAACCAUCCGCUCCGACCACUGAAACAAGUAACGCGGAUCAAGUGCCGAGCGACGCGAAAGAACCUCCCACAACCACCGAAGCACCGUCGUCUUCGGAAUAUCGAGAGAUUCCGAAAGAGUGGCGAUCAAUUACGCCGAUAAUUACAGAUCGCGAGGAAUAUGCGAGCACGCCGAGUCCCGAUAAUUCAGUCUCAUUAGAGAUACCGUUGAUAAAAGCCCCUCCGAGAACGUUGAAUAGCAGCUCGACAGAAACGCCGGCGUUCCUAAUCGGAACGGUUGAUCGAUCGACGGCGAUAACCAAAGUAGAUAAGUUCAUUAUUCCGAAAGAAGCUCCUUCGGUCGCGGGGGUAACGGAUGUGCAGGUAUCUCACACCACGAACGGAGACGGGUUCGAUGUUGCGCCAUCGAUCGAACCCAUUAAUUCGCGGGCAGGAUACGGCGUGUACGGUAACGAAUCCGUUUCGACCAUCGACCCACUUGCUCAAAGGAAUAGCGAUCCUGCUCGAGGUGUCUUCGAGAACAUUACGACGGAGUACGUCGUCGGUUCGUCGACAACCGAUGACGCGCUCAAGGACCAGUGGCCCGUGAAGCAUAGCGCGGUGGUGGAAGGCGAUCUCGUUCUCGGUGGACUGAUGAUGGUACACGAGAGAGAGGACACUUAUACAUGCGGCCCUGUGAUGCCGCAGGGCGGAGUGCAGGCGCUGGAGGCUAUGCUGUAUACGCUGGACACGCUCAACGAGCGGGGGAUCGUGCCGGGCGUCAAAAUCGGAGCGCACAUACUCGACGACUGUGACAAGGAUACAUACGGUCUUGAAAUGGCGGUUGAUUUUAUCAAAGGCUCGAUAAGCAACAUAGACGGCGCAGAAUAUCACUGCAAUAAAACUGUGCGAAAGGUGAUCAGCGGUGUCGUCGGCGCAGCGAGCUCGGUAACGUCGAUUCAAGUCGCCAAUCUCCUGCGACUGUUUAGGAUUCCGCAAGUCUCCUUUUUCUCGACGAGUCCCGAGCUUUCCAACAAACAACGCUUCGAAUAUUUCACUCGUACUAUACCCAGCGAUCACUAUCAGGUCAAAGUGAUGGUCGACAUUGUAUUGUCGAUGAACUGGAGCUACGUUUCCAUCAUUUACGAGGAGAGCAACUACGGUAUAAAGGCUUUCGAGGAGCUCGAGGAACUGCUAGGAAAACACAACAUAUGUAUCGCCGUCAAGGAGAAGUUGGUAAAGGACUCCGGGGUAGCCGAGGAGAUUGCCUACGACAAUAUAGUUUCGAAGCUGCUGACAAAACCACGAGCAAGAGGUUGUAUUAUCUUCGGUUCCGACCAAGAAGUUGCCGGGGUCAUGAGGGCGGUCAGGCGUUGCAACGCGACCGGCGCUUUUUCCUGGAUCGGGAGCGACGGCUGGAGCGCAAGAGGAUUAGUGAGCGACGGUAACGAGCCGGAAGUCGAGGGCACUCUGUCGGUCCAGCCCCAGGCGAACCCUGUUAAGGGUUUCGAAGAGUACUUCCUUAACUUGACCGUCGAGAACAAUCGAAGGAAUCCGUGGUUCGUCGAAUUUUGGGAACAUCACUUCGAAUGUCGAUAUCCAAACUCGUCACGGACACCGUACAACAAAAAAUUCAACAAAACUUGCACGACGAAGGAGCGUCUCACCAAAGAGGAUACGGCUUUCGAGGAUCAACUGCAGUUCGUUUCCGAUGCGGUGAUGGCGUUCGCUUACGCUUUCCGAGAUAUGCAUCGCGACGUGUGCCGUGGAAAAGAGGGUUUGUGCGAUGCCAUGAAACCGACUCAGGGAACAACGCUUUUGCAGUAUUUGCGCAAGGUGAACUUCGAGGGUCUAAGCGGAGACAAGUUUCGAUUCGACAAGAACGGCGACGGACCCGCGCGGUACAACAUCAUACAUUUCAAACAAACCGAGCCGGGUAAAUACAAGUGGAUUCGCGUCGGUAAAUACCUGGAAGGCGAGCUGCGACUGAACAUGACCGAAAUCCAAUUUAAGCUCGGGCAUCCUCAGUCACCCGAAAGCGUGUGCUCUUUGCCUUGCGAGCUCGGCCAGGCGAAGAAAUAUGUCGAGGGUGAGAGGUGCUGCUGGCACUGCUUUAAUUGCACGCAAUAUCAGAUACGGCAUACUCUAGACGAGACACAGUGUACUCAGUGUCGUCGAGGCACAUUGCCCGACGAAACUCAUUCCGCUUGCCGGGAUAUUCCAGAAGAAUUUUUGCACCCGUUCAGCAGCUGGGCAAUAGGCGCGAUGCUUUUCUCCGCGUUUGGAAUUAUGGUGACGUUGUCUGUCUGCAUCGUGUUCCUCAAACACAACGACACGCCUGUCGUACGUGCAUCCGGGCGGGAACUAUCUUACGUUCUCCUCUCGGGAAUUUUGCUCUGCUAUCUCGUCACAUUUACCCUGGUGCUCAAACCCACGGACAUUGUCUGCGGUAUCCAAAGAUUCUCCGCCGGUUUCUGCUUCACUGUAGUAUACGCGGCUUUACUGACGAAGACCAAUCGGAUCUCAAGAAUCUUCAACGCCGGGAGCGCGAAGAGACCGUCCUUUAUAUCACCGCGAUCGCAACUGAUUAUCUGCUUCGGAUUGGUAUUCGUGCAAAUUCUAAUCAAUGGAGUUUGGAUGAUCAUUGAUCCUGCACGGGCGAUGCACCACUAUCCUACGAUGGAAGACAACUUGCUCGUCUGCAAUAAUUACAUUGACGCUAGCUAUAUGAUAGCGUUUGCGUAUCCCACAAUAUUAAUCGUCGUGUGCACCAUUUACGCCAUCCUCACGAGAAAGAUUCCGGAAGCCUUCAACGAGAGCAAGCACAUCGGUUUAACGAUGUAUACGACGUGCGUUAUAUGGUGCGCUUUUGUACCUUUGUACUACGGCACCGGAAGCAACGUUGCGCUGAGAAUUACUUCAAUGUCGGUAACAAUCAGUCUUUCUGCGUCAGUGACAGUGGCUUGCCUCUUCACUCCAAAGCUGUAUAUUAUUUUAAUUCGGCCCGAGAGAAACGUGCGGCCGACCGUCAGGGCAGGCAGGCCUAACCAGACGAAAAGUUCGGCGAUAACCGCCACAAACGCUUCGAGUAUGAUGGGACCAGUCACGGCGACGACGGUCCUAACAGCGGCAACUUGCGAUCAGAAUAAAGCCAUCAAGAAACAUAUCGCGUCCACCAUAGACUGCUCCACUCAGAGCGAAUGGUACGAACUGGAAAUAAAGGAUCAGAAAAAGAACGGAGAACCACCGGUGACGCGCACCUCACGGGCAACCCAAACAACCAACGUUUGGGACAACGAGAAGGAAUUCGUUGCGGUAGUGACAAAUAAUAAAGAGUCACCGGAUGUAAUUGCGUCCGCGAGUAACAAGGAAUCAAAAAAUAGCACAACAACGGCAAAGCGGCUUAACAGUAACGCGAGGAUAGGCAACGGACCGCUCUCUCAAAGCGAUGUUUCCUUAUAGCGGAAAAUAGAAUUGCCUAUAGAGAGAGAAUCACCUUUAUUAACCGUUACUCUAAAACCGAUCUCCAAGAACCCUGUUAUCGUCUGAUUUGUUCUAUAUCGCGUACUGUAUAUACAACUGGAACUUACGUCAGCGCAAUAUAACGAGAAGAUGGCAGAAUAUUUGUUAAUUGUUUGAAAAAUUAUCAAACGCCACUCGCCACGGGGUUCGAUAGCGAAGAAGUGAUUGACAUAAGAAAUUAAAUUGUUUGGUAUACCGCGUAUUUACUCCAAAUUAUAUAUAUCGUCGGAUUAGUCGAGUGAAUAGUGAAUCUGAAGUAGAGAUAAAAUUUACUAUGCGUAAAUCGUACAUAUAUGUGGCGUGUCGAAAACAUGUUACUGUAAUGCGCGAUAUGUUACACGUUAAAGAGAAAGAUAAGCGUGAACUUUAUAGAUAUAUAUAUAAGCUGUUUCUUUACUUAACUGUGCAAGAUUAUUGUGCGAUGAAAGGAAUUUAUAUAGUUUAUAAAUGAUACAUCUCGUUAUCUUUCAUCUCUACUAUCUCUGCAAUUGUGAUUUUAAUGAAUGUGAAGCUCGCUGCGCGUGCAUAUUUCACGAAUAAAAAGCAGAUGUUUAACAUUAUGCAAUUCUAUUUGUUUCUUCUAUCUUUUUA